CGUUUCAUCGCUCACAUGCUCUCAACUAUGCAGGUUUACCACAGGUUAUGACAGUGCCAAAGUUAUUUUGAAGCCUGUUGCUGAUGUUAAGACUCUUAUGAUGUUUUGAAGUAAAUGUCCCAUUUUGCGUGUAGGGAAGCGUUUAUACCAUUUAUGCGUUGUUGCAAGAUGACUCCACUUAUUUUCAUGUAGCCUAAACUGGUGGUGUGGGGGAAAGUAAACGCGCUCGAUCCGAUGGCAUGAAACGCAACCGCUACCUUUGGUUUCAGAAAGGAACAGUGAAUUCCUACUCAGGUGUGAUCGAGUUUUCCUCCGAGAACUGCUCGCACCAUCAAGCAACAUAUAGGCCUCUCAGGGAUUAAACCGGUCAAGACUACCUGGAGUGACUGUGGAUCGCGGGCCACCAUGCAAAGCGCCGAAGAUGCGAAGCGGAAAUUGGAUUUGUUGGAGGAUAAUCAAAUGGACUCUGGUGUUGAAUCCUUCCAAUCAUUAAUGAAAGAUGACCCCUUUAUCAAAACAGAUCGGGAAUCGACUUCUGAACCCAAUGAAGCCAGGGAUAAAUUGACUAACACCAGCACAGAGGAGCGGUUGGAUUCUGCUUAUGGCUCAUCGUCACUAAAUGUUGAGAGUUUGAGUGAGAUUAUAGGGGGCUGCAACAUUUCAAAGUCUAAAGAUGACAGCGCAGAGAACACAGAAUGUAGUGAACAUGAAGAAAACCUUCUCACCACCAUCACUGAAGAUGGAGACACAGUCCUGCAUUUAGCCAUCAUCCAUGAAGAUGAACACUUUGCCAACCAAUUGAUACAGCUGUUCCCCAAAGAUGUCUUGGACAUCCAGAACAACUUGUACCAGACGCCGCUACACCUUGCCACCUACCUGAGCCUGUCUUCGGUGGUGCGGGGCCUUGUGGAGAGCGGGGCCAGCCUGGAGCUCCAGGACCAGGAGGGCAACACGCCGCUCCAUGUGGCCUGCGAGCAGGGCCAGGCCAAAUGCGCCACCGAGAUGACCCGGGAUGUCUCCCCCAGCAAGCUGGGCUCCGUGCUGGAGACCCAGAACUGGAGAGGUCUCACCUGUCUCCACUUAGCCACUGUGAACAGACAGCAUUGUCUGAUGAAGCUACUGAUGAAGAAAGGGGCAGACCUCAACAUCCAGGAAGGUACAAGUGGUAAGACAGCUCUCCAUCUGGCCGUGGAGCUCCACGACGUGAUCUCUGUGACUCUGCUGCUGAACAAGGGAGCUGACAUGGACGCUGCGAUGUUUAACGGCUGCACGCCACUUCACCUGGCGGUGGGCCGGCAGGACGCAGCCAUCGCCAACCUGCUCUGCCAGUCUGGGGCCGACAAGAUGCUGAGGAACAUGGAGGAUGAGACGGCACUGGAUCUAGCCGAUGGCAAUGAUGAUAUCCUUGCUCUUUUCCCUUUUGAUGACAUUCAAAUCCAGGGCAGGUCAGUGGUUGGAGGGCCAUUCUGAGUGUACUCUCACCACCUGAAUAUACUCUACAGCUGGAGACAUUUUGAAUCUUGAACAUCUUGAGCCUCAUCGGAAAACUGUAGCUUUACUUCAAUCAUGUUUGUUAUUGUGUGAUGGUUUACUUUCAUUUAUAUUGCAUGUACACUGAGUGAACAAAACAUUAGGAACACCUGCUGAUAUAGACUGACCAGGUGAAUCCAGGUGGAAGCUAUGAUCCCUUAUUGUUAAAUC